AAGUGUUAUUGCUUUUCGGAAAUGUCAUUGCUGCGAUGCCGCCGCGAACGUCAGUGGAAAACGAAGACGCGAGCGAGUGCUUGGCGUCAUUGUUGUGCGGGAAAAGUAAUGAAUGCCCAUCGUCGGUGGUGGCCGAGUGUGUCGCGCGUGGAUUUGGGGGCUCGUUACGAGCAACGAAUUGAUUUAGGCACAGCCGCGCAGCCGACGUGCGUCGGUGCGACACGACGAACACAAUCGCGGGCUGCCGCGAUUGCAUGCCUACCAAUCGUUCAAUAAUCGUCGAGGUACAACAUCGCGGUCGCCUCCGCUCAAUGUGCUGCGCUGUCUGUGUGUCUUCCUUUAUGAUUCACUGGUCCGCCCCCUCACAGAACAACCCCAUGCGCGACCAUGAGCUACAAUCAUCUUUUUAAAAUAGUAGUGGUCGGCGACCACAAUUGCGGAAAAUCUUGUAUACUUCUCCGAUUUGCCGAAAAUUCUUUCCGUGUUGAUCAUGUAAGCACUAUCGGGGUUGAUUUCAAAUUGAAAACUAUCAAAUUGGGCCGUGAUAAGAUUCGAUUAGAAUUGUGGGACACAGCUGGUAUGGAAAGAUAUCGUACUAUCUACAAUUCCUACUAUCAUUCGGCUCAUGGUGUCAUGUGCGUGUACGAUAUGACGAAUGAGAAUUCUUUCAAUAGCUUGGAGAACUACUGGCUAAAAGAAAUUAGACAGCAUGCUCCGCAAAAUUCUGUGUUGAUGCUUAUCGGUAACAAGGCCGAUUUGGUUAAUGAACGAAAGGUCGACUUCAGACGCGCGGAACAAUUGGCAACUCGCUUGGGAGUGUCGCUGUAUGAGGUUUCCGCAAAAACAGGUAUAAAUUGUGAGGAUGCUUUUCACACGCUGGCUACGGCAAUGAGGGAGAAAGUUGUUGCCGCUAGCAUGCAUUCCGAUGAAUCCGAUGACCACGAGGAGUUCAGUUCAGCCUUCCACGUGGACGGUGUCUUAGGAAACAAACGAACUUCCAGCUUAAAGUCCACUUGUUGUUUUUCAACUCCCGAACCUACAUUUGUAUAGAGCUUUCUCCACCAACUUCUCUGCACCAUACCUUACAUUAUGCUUUUAAAACCUAAGUUUGCCUUAAUCGCCGAUCCUUCUAAUCGCAGACCUCCACUAACAUAAAUUUCCCCAUAUUCAGUGCUCUUACCCUUUCAUCAUCCGAAACUGAUGUGUACUGUGGUGCUUGUUUAGAGUUUAUUUUUUUCAUUCAUAAGCCACUGAUGUCGAUUACACGGGUGUCAUUGCUUUGCUAAUCAUAGAGUUUUGACAAGCACAAUCUUUCAGAUUUUUCCUAUGUUCUUUUGGGAUUCACAAUGAUAUGAAUUUGUAGGGUUAUAUAGAAUAUUACUAGCUAAGAAACACGG